AAUACCAAAUCGAUGCGCCUUCCACCUCGUCGACUAUUGACACCCAAUGCUACAACCAAGGCUAAAGCCACAGCCAUACCCACAGCCACAGUCACAGUCACAGCCGCAGUCGCAGCCACAACAAACAACAACAAGCGCAAAGAGAGGGAAAAAGAGGGUGUCAAUGCUACAAUUACCAAAAUACCGAAGCCAGCUAAGGCUACAACAACAGCUCGAGCUGGUGGGAUAGGCUCUGCCGAGCUGGUAUUUUCGUCCAAUAAAAUAUUAGCGGGUUACUUAGCCCACGAGUUUCUCACUAGAGGAACCCUUUUUGGUCAACAGUGGGAUCCAACUUCUUCUACAGCAAAUCAAAACGAGGCCGUUUCGGUGUCAUCAAAGAAAGCUGAAAAAGAGAAGAAGAAGCCAAGUGGCGAAGUUGAAGGACAGGUGGAAGAAGAUCAGCAACAAAGGUACGUGGAAUUAGCAAAUUUGCUCAAAACCGGUGGGGCCCACUUUCCUGGCAUUGUAAACCCAACCCAGCUCACCCACUUCUUACACAAGAAGAUGUGAUUUCCCAUUGGGUUUUCUUCCUUUCGUUAUAAUUUAAAAAAAAAUAUUUCAAAACUUGUUGUAAAUUUUGUAAUGCGUGGUGGGCAAUUGAAACCAUUGAAUUUGCCUACCCCAUUUCAAAC